AUGCCCCCUAUAAUACACGAGACAUACUUCGAUUCUCGCGCAUGCAGUGCAGCAAGAUAUCCAUCUGAAGCGCCAGAAUUCGAACCACACGUCGAAGAAAUACAACAGCACUUCGUUGCAUCAACAGAAUAUGGUAGCUACAGACGUGAUGCGAUUCACAAGGUUGAAGGAGCCAAACGUACUGCAAGCUCCGACAAUGAAGAGGCACGAAACAGAUCUCGCCCCAGAAGGAAGUCGAAUAAAGUUUCCGACAUCACUCCACCUCCAACAGACAUCGCUGCUGCGCGGAAGUCCUCAAUAGAACAUAAACGUCGUCCCUCUUGGCAACUGAAGCGAAUGAGUCCAUACUUUGGCUUCCUCCGUCGGUCAAGCAGUAGUACUCAAUCUGAUCUCGGUACCGUUACGUACGAUCCAACAGUUGAGAGUCCUGAAAGUACCAACGAGGAGUCGUUAGAACAAACAGGUGCAGGUUCAGGUGGUGUGUUGGGAGAUGUGAGUUUGUCCUUUGAUAAAGUUGUCUCCGAGAUUUCGAGAAUGUGA